CCCCGCCGCGUCGUGAGGCGCGCGCCCGCCCGCCGCCUGCCGCGGAUCGCGUGGUCGGCUCCGCUUGCCGCGCCUCUCCCCCCCGUCCGUCCAUAUUGCUGCAGCCCCCGAGCCGGGAAGCCCGGGCUGCCCCGGGGGCGGGGGGAGGCAGGCACGGGACGAGAGGCUUGGCAGCAGGUUCGGGGUGGGGGCGCCGCGCGAGCAGCGGGCGGGGGGGGACGCGCGCCGCGGAGGCCUGGACCGCAGAGUGGGGGGCCUUCCUGCCCCCCCCGCCCCAGCAGUGGGCCUCGGCGCUCCCGCAGCUGCAUCCGAGCGGGCAGGGGGCCGCGCCUAGCCGGAGCCCAGAGCCUUCUUCGUGGGGACUGGGGCCCGACGCCCCGGAGGCAGGCGUCGCGGGCUCUCGGCAAGCCAAGUUCGAGGCGGGGGAGGCCACCGCGGGCGCGCCCGGCUUCUCCGGGGGGGCGGGCGCGCAGAUGGCCACUCAGGUGGAGCCGCUGCUGCCGGGGGGCGCCCCGCUCUUGCAGGCCGAAGAGCACGGGGCGCUGGUGAGGAAGAAGCCGCCGCCGGCGCCCGAAGGCAAGGGCGAGCCUGGGGCGAACGACGUCGGCGGGGGGGAGCCGGACGGCGGCGCCCGGAGAUCUCGGCCGCCCUGCGGCAAGCCGCACAGGGAGGGCACCGCGCCGCUGGAACGCGAGAGCCCGCGGCCGCCGCAGCCGCCUGGCGCGGAGGGCCCGGCGGUCAGCGACGGAGAAGAGGGCGGUGGCGAGCCGGGCGCGGGCGGCGGAGCGGCUGGAGCGGGCGCCGGGCGCCGAGACUUCGUGGAAGCCCCCCCGCCCAAAGUGAACCCGUGGACUAAGAACGCGCUGCCACCGGUCCUGGCCACCGUGAACGGACAGUCUCCUCCAGAACAUUCUGCUCCAGCCAAGGUGGUGAGGGCUGCAGCUCCUAAACAGCGCAAAGGCAGCAAGGUUGGUGACUUUGGAGAUGCAGUCAACUGGCCCACACCUGGAGAGAUAGCCCACAAGAGUGUGCAGCCACAGCCUCACAAGCCUCAGCCUGUGCGUAAGCUGCCACCCAGGAAGGACAUGAAGGAACAGGAGAAAGGAGAGGGGAGCGAUAGUAAGGAGAGCCCAAAAACAAAGUCAGAUGAGUCAGGAGAGGAGAAGAAUGGGGAUGAAGACUGCCAGCGUGGUGGGCAGAAAAAGAAAGGGAACAAACACAAGUGGGUUCCGUUGCAAAUAGAUAUGAAGCCUGAAGUACCCAGAGAGAAAUUGGCCUCACGGCCCACUCGCCCACAGGAGCCGAGACACACGCCUUCGAACCGUGGGGAAAUCAAAGGGUCGGAGCCUGCCACCUACAUGCCUGUGUCUGUGGCCGCCCCCACCCCAGCCUGGCAACCAGAGACCAAACCGGAGCCUGCCUGGCACGACCAGGAUGAGACGUCGAGUGUGAAGAGUGAUGGGGCUGGUGGGGCGCGGGCUUCCUUCCGUGGCCGUGGACGGGGGCGUGGUCGCGGCCGGGGACGCGGCCGGGGUGGCACUCGAACCCAUUUUGACUACCAGUUUGGCUACCGAAAAUUUGAUGGCACAGAGGGGCCUCGUACCCCCAAGUACAUGAACAACAUCACCUACUACUUCGAUAAUGUCAGCAGCACCGAGCUAUACAGCGUGGACCAGGAGCUGCUAAAAGACUACAUCAAGCGGCAAAUUGAAUACUAUUUCAGCGUGGACAAUUUAGAGCGAGACUUCUUCCUGAGGCGGAAAAUGGAUGCCGAUGGUUUCCUUCCCAUAACCCUGAUUGCUUCCUUCCACCGAGUGCAGGCCCUCACCACGGACAUUUCCCUCAUCUUUGCGGCCCUAAAGGACAGCAAAGUGGUGGAGAUUGUUGAUGAGAAAGUCCGCAGGAGGGAAGAGCCUGAGAAGUGGCCUCUUCCAGGUCCCCCCAUAGUGGAUUAUUCACAGACCGAUUUUUCCCAGCUUCUCAACUGCCCUGAGUUUGUUCCCCGCCAGCACUACCAGACAGAGACAGAGUCGGCACCUGGCUCUCCACGUGCAGUCACCCCAGUGCCAACCAAGACAGAGGAAGUCAGCAACCUAAAGACACUGCCCAAGGGCCUCUCUGCCAGCCUACCUGACCUGGAUUCUGAGAAUUGGAUCGAAGUCAAGAAGAGGCCUCGGCCCUCCCCAGCACGGCCCAAGAAAUCAGAAGAAUCCAGGUUUGCCCACCCGACCUCUCUGCCUCAGCACCUUCCGUCCCAGCAGCUGAUGUCUAAGGAUCAGGAUGAGCAAGAGGAGCUAGAUUUCCUGUUUGAUGAGGAGAUGGAACAGAUGGAUGGGCGGAAGAACACCUUCACCGCCUGGUCUGAUGAGGACUCUGACUAUGAGAUCGAUGACCGGGAUGUCAACAAGAUCCUUAUUGUCACCCAGACACCACCUUACAUGCGCCGGCACCCUGGAGGGGAUCGCACAGGCAACCACACCUCUCGUGCCAAGAUGAGUGCUGAGCUGGCCAAGGUCAUUAAUGAUGGGCUCUUCUACUAUGAGCAGGACCUGUGGACUGAAAAGUUUGAGCCUGAAUAUUCCCAGAUCAAGCAAGAAGUUGAGAAUUUCAAGAAAGUCAACAUGAUCAGCCGGGAGCAGUUUGACACGCUGACCCCAGAACCCCCUGUGGAUCCCAACCAGGAAGUUCCUCCUGGGCCACCACGGUUCCAACAAGUUCCCACUGACGCCCUGGCCAACAAGCUGUUUGGUGCUCCUGAGCCCUCCACCAUCGCCCGCUCUCUCCCGACCACUGUCCCAGAAUCGCCAAACUACCGUAAUGCCAGGACCCCCCGCACACCCCGGACCCCACAACUCAAAGACUCAAGCCAGACGUCACGGUUUUACCCAGUGGUGAAAGAAGGACGGACGCUAGAUGCCAAGAUGCCUCGAAAAAGGAAGACAAGGCACAGCUCAAACCCACCCUUAGAGAGCCACGUGGGCUGGGUGAUGGACUCCCGAGAGCACAGACCCCGGACCGCAUCCAUCAGUUCUAGCCCCUCAGAAGGGACACCUGCAGUUGGCAGCUAUGGCUGCACUCCUCAGUCGCUGCCCAAGUUCCAGCAUCCUUCCCAUGAGCUGCUCAAGGAAAAUGGCUUCACACAACAUGUCUACCACAAGUAUCGCAGGCGCUGCCUUAAUGAGCGGAAGCGCUUGGGCAUUGGCCAGUCUCAGGAGAUGAACACCCUAUUCCGCUUCUGGUCCUUCUUCCUCCGAGAUCACUUCAACAAGAAGAUGUAUGAGGAGUUCAAGCAGCUGGCUUUGGAGGAUGCUAAAGAAGGCUACAGAUAUGGUUUAGAGUGCCUUUUUCGAUACUAUAGCUAUGGUCUGGAAAAGAAGUUCCGGUUGGACAUAUUCAAGGAUUUCCAGGAGGAAACUGUGAAGGACUAUGAAGCUGGCCAGCUCUAUGGGUUGGAGAAGUUCUGGGCCUUCUUGAAAUAUUCCAAAGCCAAAAAUUUGGACAUUGACCCCAAACUACAAGAAUACCUCGGCAAAUUCCGACGUCUAGAAGACUUCCGAGUAGAUCCCCCCAUGGGUGAGGAGGGCAACCACAAGCGACAUCCAGUGGUAGCAGGUGGUGGCAGUGGUGAGGGCAGGAAGCGAUGCCCUUCCCAGUCUUCCAGCAGGCCUGCUGCCACGAUCAGCCAACCCCCUACACCACCUACUGGCCAGCCCAUCCAGGAAGAGGCUAAAUGGACAAGCCAGCACAUGGACACACAGACUUUGGGAAAGUGAAAAGCCCUUAGCCCCUGGGGUUUUGGGGAAGGGGUAGGGUGAGUAAGGGUCCAUGGGGGUGCCCAGUCCCAGGAGAGAGGACAGAGAAGGGACAAGCCUGGAGUCAAUAGGACAGGCCUCCGUGCUAAGUUAGCAGUGUGUACACCAUUUGGGCUGUUAGAGGUACCCCUGGACAGGAGCCUACACGCAUCCCCUUCCCCUCCUCUCUCCACAACUCUUCCAUCCUAGCUUCUAAGGGGGGGAGGGAAAGGGGAGAUUUUUUAUAUAUAUAUAUACAUAUAUAUAUAUCAAGUUUUAAAUUAUUGAUAGUUUGUCUGGAUUACCAAAAUCACUCUUUAGCCCUGCUUGCGGCUAGUAGGCCGCAGUCCUGGUCCCCACCCACAGCCGCCUCCUCCCCCAAAGCCAACUAUGCAGCCCACAAGAAGGCCCUGCAGGCCUGUGGAAGGCUCUGACAGCACCUGGGCCCCGGGAGAGCAGCCCCCUGACCACCUGGGGUCCACCAUGGCUGUGCUCUCCUCACUGUCCCCACCUUGCCCUUCUGCCACCUUCUGGGAGAAGGAAACCAAAGGAUCUAAAAGUGGGGGUCGGGGGAAGGUUUCAGCUUCUCCCCACUCCCUCUCCCCACUUCCCUUACUUCCCAGCCCAGAGAAACGCUGCUCAUACCAGAAAAGACUAUUGAAAGAUGAUUUAUUUUUUUUUUCUCUGACCUUUCCAUCCUUGGGAAAAUAGAAAAGUUAAAAAAAAAGAAAAAAAAAAAAGAAAAAAAGAAAAAAUUGACCAUUUAAAAAAAAAAAUCAGAAAACCCUUUCCUGAUCCAUAGAAAGUGAUGUCUUUCCCUUCUCCUUAGAAUUUUUUGUUUGUUUUGUUCUUGGAAAUAAUAUUUUUUUAAAAGUUGCCUUAUUGUGGAGCGGGAAUCUGAAAUAAUACCCAAAUGCCUGUUUUCCUCGGUGGAGUCAACCCGAAGAGCUCCCACCUUCUCUGGAUGUGCCUGGGCGUAGACUGGCUGGACUCCUCCUCUGGACUGAGUUGCAUGUACAGUGCCUCCCCUGGAGGCAAGAGAGUUGGGGCGACUCGUGCUGGAGCCGUGCCCAGAGCACCCCUGCUGUUGCAUUGUUAGAAGCUGACGUCUUGUGUCUGUAUACUGCUGCCACUGUCGUGUCCUCACCUCGCUUGCUGUUGCCUCACGCCAGGCCCUGUCCUGCCGUGAUGCCCUUCAUCCUACUCUUGGGACCCCAAGGCCAAGUUCAAACUGUUGGAAAACAGAGUUGGCCUGGAUGUGGAACACACUCAUCCUCAGCCUGGACGCCUCCCCCGUGCCAGAGGGGACACGUGAACACCUGGCAGCUGAGGCCUGACUGCAUUUCUCAUGUUGUCCUGAAAAGUCUCUGAGACCUUAAGGAAGCUUUGUCUCAUAAAAGGUGGCGGAAUGUGCCGUUGUCCUCCAAGGGUCUGGUGAGGUCUCCCCAUCUUGCAACCCCCCCUCUACAAACCAUCUCUGCCUGCCCUCUAAUUGACUGUGCCUGGCAAUGAGAGAUGAGGAGGAACGGGGGGCUGGGGGGAAUCCUGCCAAUCGGCGAGGCCCUGUGGCAGGAAGGUAUAUGUGGACAUAGAGUAUACCUGACUCUCUUCUCCAGCCACUGACCGCCUGAGCUGGGUUGUGAAUGACCAUGGAAUGGCUGGAGUCUACCGUUGUCAGAAACGAGGGAGGGUGAUGGACUGACCCACAGACUGGGACGUGUGUUUCCUAUGGGCCUGACUGCACAUUUGCCUCCAGCAGGAAGAGUUUGUGGUCUCGUUGCUUAGCUACUGCAGUGUCAUUGACCCUCCUGUUCCGGUGGCUUCCACCAUUGGCCAAGAGGUUGGGAGUAGGAAAGCGUAUCCCAGGCUGGCAGGACUCGCCCUCUGUCACGGGUGCCUCGCUUCUUUUAGCCCUGGGCCCCCCGCCAUAGUGUGUGGGAAGCCCAUUGCAGCUCCUGUGACCCAGUCCUCAAUCCACGGAGGAGUGUCUGGUUUCCGCUGUGAAGGUGGCGCUCGUGCCUUUCCCUGACAGGUCUGGUUGAUGCCUGCCCCACAUGGUACCCGAUGCUGGACUCCUGUACCCUCUUUUCCUGCUCUUCGUUUCUUCCUUUGCUUCAAGUCACUCAGCCCCGUACUGUAUCUAGCACCACAGAAACCUCAGUGUUUGGCCUCUGCUGCGCUUGGGCACAAGAAAGCCUUGGAGGUGGGGCAAAGGCCGUUCUCAUCUAGAAUGUACUCCCAGGCCAGGGCUGCUGCCUCUCCGGAUCCUCUCACACAAGCCCAGAGGAGGAAGCCCUUUGGGGGUGGGGAGGGUGGGGAUUUCAUCUCAACCUAGGCUGAGGAGGGAGGGGGGCUUUUUAUUUUUUUGUAACAUGUUAGGAGUUAAUGUUGCAAAGAGUAGUUUACAUCUUUACUUUCUGAAGACACUUGAAUUUAGGACCGAUGUAUCCUGUGACAAGCAUGCCAAGAGUGGCUGGGGCCAUCAAGGCUAGCCACUUACACCGCCCCCUUCCCAAGGCAGUCUUAAGACCCAAGACUCGCAACAGCACUCACAGACCCGUGUACCUUCUCCCUUCCCUGGGCCGGGCUGAGCCAGUGCAGCCUGCGGUGUCACAGUGAAGAGCCAGGCUCAGGCUCAUGCGGGGCAGGCUGUGUCCACCCGCCUGAGCCCAGAAGCCAAUGCACUACCACUAGAGGAAGCUCCGGCCCCCUGGGGCUCGGAGGUGCUGAGCCUUGUCAGAGUUGUUCAGUGUUUCUGUUUUGUUGCAUUGUAGCUUUUCCCCCUUCCCUGAUUGAUUCACAGACAAAAGCUGCUCAGAAGGUCCCAGAAGUGGGGAGGUGGGGAGGGGCAAGACAAGGAGUUGUUAGGAUGGGUGAGUUUUUUGCCAAAAGCUUGAGCAGAGUGGUCUGGAUUACAUGGUACCCUCCUGAGUGGGAACUCCAGAGUACCUGUAUGGAAGGGGCCCUAGAUUCUCCCCCACUCCCUGUGCUUCCUCCUCCACCUGUGUUGAUGGCAGAGGCAGAGAAGAGAACUUUCAGCCCAUGUCUCACUGGAGAGGAAAACUUGUCAUCUGGCUUUGCGGAGAAGGUUCCACCUUACGCUCGUAGUACAUUAUCUUUACCAUGUGCUAGGAUAUCACACUUAAAAGGACAAAAAAAAUGUAAAAUACUUGAAUGAGCUUGUAUUAUAACAUUAAUAUUAUUGAGAGUAUCUGCUUCCCAGGCUGAAGUGAUUCAUUCAUUAGUCCUGCUUUAGUCCUUUGUAAUUUGUGGUAAUUAUGCUUUUCUUUUUAAUACAAAAAAUGUAUAAAAAUAAAAAUAUGAAAAGGCAAAA